CUUGAGCUUGCGCUGAUUGCGAAACACUGACUACCAAACCUUUUCUCUCUUCCUCCCUCUGACUUUCCUCAGCACCACUCUACUGCACAGUUCCUCUUCCCACACAUACAUCUCGCGUCGGUCAUCUUAGGCCUCAAAUACGCGAGCAAAAUCAACUGCUUUACAGCCCUCUAGCCAAUUCCCGCUGAGCACGCUCAAAUCUGCGUCCGCAAAAACUCUGAUUACUUGGAUUAAAUUUGAUUGCCAGUCGAGCAGACGCCGGACAGACAGACGCCACGCGCACAGGGAGCGCGACCGUGUCCGGUUGCUGGCUGGAACGGAAACCUCAAAAAGUAGACACUCGUCUGCCGUCUCUGUCAAAGCAGAUUAACUGCAGGAUCGCUCACAAAAGGCCAUGUCGUAACUUUAUGAUUCUUUUUUCUCAAUUCUGGAGGAGGAGUCGACCGUGAAACUGGUCUGGUUUGGCUGCUGCUGCCUGGGGGUAGAUCUCACGAAAACACAAAAAAGCACCAUAAUUUUGCAGUGGAAGCCAACGUGCGGCCACUUGGCUCACCCAUUUCUUGACAUCAAUCAGGUUGGUCACAGGCCUAAUAUAGGGUUCCACUACCAAACCCGGAUUGGGCUUAGCUCGUGCACAACCCUGGGGCUAUCCCCGACGCAUCAAUCGGAUCGACACCAAACCAUCUCGGCCUCCACAAACACCCAAACUCUUUGACUGCCUGUUUAUCUAGGUACCCAUCCCUUGGAUCUGCACAAUAGCACCUACACGGUAAUUCGAUUUCAGGGACAUCUGAGUUCGAUACAUGGAAGUUCUUCCGGUGCAUUGUUGUUCUACAAUCAAUACAAGAGUACAAGACAAAACAAGAACUGUGCUUCCAAGAACUACACCCUGUUUUGGGUGGUGGGGCUAAGCGGUCCAAUCGGGGCCACAACCUGCUGCCCUGCGCUUUAGUAUCACAUCAAGUUGGCUCGGUUUGACCCCGAAUAGGGUCGCAAUUGAUCAGUAUGGCUCAAGGCCAAGGUAGCCAGUUUCAUCACUUUGCAGGCAGUGGCGAUGUCGGGCCUCAAGGCCUCUACAACGCGGCGCAGGCGUAUACGGAUGGACACUUACAGGCCUCGUUUCACUACGAGCCGAGUUCUCUGCACGAUGCCAUAAACUUUGAGGAUGAUUCCGGCGCAUUCGAUAACAGCUCGUUCUUUGGGGCUGAUCAGACUGCCUUUGGAUUUCCAUCACAACAACCACAACCACAACCACAGCAGUCACAUCAACCCCAACAACAUGCAUCACAUCAGCCAGUCAAUGCUGCGCGGAAUUCUGGCUAUAAUACUUUCAGCUCACACACAGGCGGCCACAACGAUGCAUACCUCUCAUCGAAUGGCCACACCGGGUAUGUUGAGCCUUUCCAGGGUACACAACUGUAUCAUGGACAAAGCCAUCCUGCGCAGAGCCGGCAGAUAAACCAGCAUAUGCCAUCGGGGAGCUUUCAGGUGCCCGCUCAACAGGAGAACCAUUACAUGGUACCAGGAGGUCAAGAUUUCCGAACACAGACCCAGUCGCCCGCGCAUUCUCAACAGCAGCAACAGCACCAGCUUCAGGCGCCACAACGGCAACAACAAGCGCAACGGCAGCCCACUGAGCUGCAACAGCCGCACCACCAGCCACAUAUACAAGCGCAACCUCACCCUCAACUGCAGUCAUUACAACAACAACAACAACAGCAGCAGCAGCAGCAGCAGCAACAACAACAACAACAACAACAACAGCAACAGCAACAUCACCACCAGCAGCAGAGCCAUGUACAGCAGCAAAACCAUAUUCAACAACAGCGGCAACACCAACAACAGCAUCAGCUUCAGCAUCAGCACCAGCACCAGCAGCCGUCAAACAGCCUGCCAAACUCGGGUGCAGAGCCUUCACCAUACAGCUAUGCGCAGCCCAAUGUCAACAGUCAGCUUGAGCAUGGCCACGGUGGCGCAACUCAGCUUGGCCAUAAUGGCCAUGUCCAUCCGCACGGCCAUGCGCCCGUUAAUUCUCCUGUUGUGGAUAGUUCUCACCAGGCAGUCUCGGGUCCGACUAUGGGCAACAAGAAUAACUUCGUUACGUCGAUGUUCGCCGCUUCGAAUGAUCUGGGACCGCAGCAGCACACUGCACCUCAGCCACGGGCCCCUACUACGUCUGCCAUGCAGCACAAUGCAAUAUAUUCACAGUCCUUUGGAGCCCCUCAAAAUCAAGCACCCAAUCGUCAGACGAUGCCUUUAGCUUCCGCCUCCGCCAUGCCGCAGAAUGCGACUCAUCCUGCAGCUUCCGCAGAGGCAAUGGAUACACGCCCGAACCGUUUACAGCAGACAAAUGUCCAGUCACCAAAUGCGCAUCCUCUCUCAACGCAGCCUCCGUACUAUCCACACCAACAGCAGCUUCCCGCAUACCUAACAGGGGCAGCUCCUUCAUCAAUCCCCGUGCCGUCAUCAACGCCUGCCGCCGCUCCCGCGCAGACGCCACAGAUGCCACAACCAAAAUCAAGUGCAAGCAAACCCACCGUGAGCCCGAUUGUACAAACGCAUCUGCCAGAUCGCGAUCCUGCAGUUGCCAAUAAGGACCGUCCGAGGAUUGGAUGGACUGGCCUGCCGAGUCUCGUGAUUGGAAGUACUCUGACUGCACAGACCCUUGCACUGCCAGAGCCUUUGGUGCUCUGUGACUCGGAUAAAUCCCUUGGUGUGCAUGUUAUGGGACGAGAUGAUUUGUUGCCUGCAGAGCUCCUAAGCCAAUUUGUCAAGGUCAACGAAGGGCUGGCUACGGAGGAAAACAUUGAAAGUAGGCUGAAUGGCCUGGAUAUGCUCCUGCGAAAGGACUACAAAUUCGGAAUAUCACCCAAUGUUAGGGACGGGCUAAGAAAGCUUGCACUUGGCGAAGACAUUGCACCACCCCGGAGUGAGGAGCGACCGUCUGAUGCAGGCGAAGCUGCGGCUUGGGAUGCAAUCGGCAUAGUUCACCUGGACAGUGGCAAACGAACGUCUGAUGCCAUCAAACAGGCCGUCAAGAACUUCGGCGACCUAAUCAAGGGUUAUUCCGAGAAAAUAAAGACGCUUAAACAACAGCUGGAAGCUGCAGCUGAUGAUUCUCCUGAAAAGGAAAAGGCAAAAAAGGUAUUGGCGCGUGAGCAACGACUGCUCUACCGAGCCAUAGACGCAGCAUAUGAAAAGGGUGACAUGGCGGUGCUUGAGAAUCUUGGUGGGAACCGCCCCCUGACAGGAAACUUGGUCACGUCACUUCGGGAUUGCUUCAACGCUGGGGACUUUAGUGGACAGUUCCCCAAGGCCAUCCUACGCCUGCUGUCGCUGUUUAUAUCUAUGCCCGAGGAGCUACUGAUCAGUCGCCUCAAGUUUGACAAGGUCUCCAAGAGAUUUUUAGUCAAGGGCGACGACGAGGUCAAAACACUGGUGGGCGAAAUCCUUGAAACCAUCAAGAAGAACAAGGAAAACGAAGAGAAGGCAUCAAGGAAGGCAGCUACUGCUCCGAUGGCACCUCUGUCUGUUCCAAAGAUGUCAUCGGAAAUGAAGAAGGUUCCUUCAUCGUCUGGCAUCUUGGGUAAAUCUUUCAAGACUCUUAGAACCCCGUCAGACUCAUCACCUUCCAAGCGACCUAGGGAGGAUGAUUCUGAUGGGCCGGCCUCGAAGAAGUUGGCUGGCAACCCGACCUCUGGUGGCUCGGAAACAGCCUCUCUGAAGGCUGGUCCAAAAUUGACCUCGACGGCUCCCGUCAUUGCUGGAGCAGGAAAACUGCUUCCUGGAAAGUCUCGCCCGCUUGCAAAGCCAGUGGCGCGACCUGAUUCGUCCAAGUCAUAUCCAUCUCGGCCGGAUUCAGGCAUCUCUGUGCAGGAUGAGGGGCUCAAACAAGAUAUAGCCAAGUUGAAGAAGGUGGUCGCGCCGAAAGCCCAAGCAUCGUCUUCUAGCGUAUCCCGACUUGGAUCUUUGCUCAGUGAAAUUGCUCAGCCAAAGAAAGCCCCUGUACCGGCUGCCAAGAUGGACCUCGAUGAAGAGUCAAGUGAGACGGCCGAGGCGAAAGAGAAACGGCUCCGCAAGGAACAGCGGCGCAAGCUUCGAGUCACAUGGAAGGAGGGUGAGGAGUUGACGGAAGUUCGCCUCUUCCAUAAAGAUGCUGAGGAGGAUGAGGGCAGAGGGAGCAACAUGGUUCGGCACGCCAUGGAUGAUAGAUCUGAAGGCAUGAUGUUGAAGCAAGGUCUUAAGAAGGGCCUCGAUAUGGACGACGAAGAGGAAGGUCCGGACCGUCCAUGGAGCGACCCUACCGUCAUCAAUUUCAGCUCCUUCCCAGAGGAUAAGCGCAUGGCCAAUUUCUUCAGUCGUGCAGGUGUAAAACCCGCCAGUGACAUGGAAAGGAAGGUUAUGGAAGACCGCAUGAAGGAGGUCACGCAUGCUUUCUACCUGGAUGCGGCCGACAUCCCGCCUACGCCGGCCUCUCCGAAACCUACCGAUGCAGUGCAAUCACCACCGGCGGCAGAAAACGCAAUACAGUUACCACCUGGCACUGCCAAGCUCGAAGAGAUGCACACGAGGUGGCGGGAAGUAAAGCACUUCGGCAUCAAGCAAGCAACCAACAAUGCCAUCGUGCGCCUGCACCAGCGGCACGCUGCCAGUAUCGCGACCCCUCCAGAGGUCCACCACGCACCUUUGCCUCCGUCUUCGACCCAAGUUUCCACCGUAUCUUCGCUGCCUGACAGUGAGCAGUCUCUUCGUCUGCUGUCGUCGGAUUCUGUUCUGAGAUGGGUUAACAAAGAUCCAUCCGACCCCGAGUUUCCCAGGACCAAGCGUCGAUUCAACCACCACGAUCUUGCUGUUCAGCAAGCUGUCGACGCUGUCGAGGAGUUGGUACACAAACUCAAGGGCAAGCCCUUUCCAGCUGUUGAGCCUCCCAGUUAUAUCAGCGACCCUGAAAGGAUCAAGGAGUGGUGGCAAGGCUACAAUCGCGAUAAGGAACGUGCUGCCCAGGCAGCUGAGCAGGAGAGACUGCGGAAGGAAGCCGAGGCCGCGGCGGCGGUACAGCAGCAGCAGCAGUCUAGUAGCGCUACACCCAGCGCAGAGGAGCACGCUGCUGCUUGGGCCAGGUACUAUGCGCAGAUCGGCCAAGACCCGGCCCAGAUACAGGCUGCGAUGCAACAACAGCAACAACAAACCUAUGCGCAGCAAUACGCUCAAUACUACCAGCAGCAGCAGCAGCAGCCACAGGCUUCUGCGGCACCUCCAGCGGCCGUUCCACCUGCUUCGGAUGCAAAUGCUCAGCUGCAGGCUGUUCUUUCGGCACUUGGUGGUGCUGCACCAGCUGCAGCAGCUCCAGCGCCGCAGUUGAAUGCUGCACAGAUGCAAGCACUUCUCGGAGGCGCAGCGGCAGCUGACCCUGCGCAACAAGCGUACGUGCAACAAUGGACACAAUGGGCUGCGUCUCAGGGCCAGCAGCAACAACAGGUGGACGACGGCGACAGGAGGGCGUCCAGGGUUAAUAGUAAUGAUGAUCGACAAGGCGGGUUUGAUGGCGGCAAGAGAGACCGAGACCAUCAAUCAUCCAACAAGGACCGCUUCAAUCGCAGGGAGAAACGUCCAGGCAUUAAUCGCGACCUGAUCGGGACCAAGCCUUGCAUGUUCUGGUCAAGCGGGAAGUGCGCCAAGGGCGACAAAUGUACUUUCAGGCAUGACUGAAGCGGGUCCGUGAGAGCAGGCACAGAGAUUGAUAGUCUUGCUAGCGACGCAUGUGCAAUUCGCGAAAGAGGGAAAUCGCGAUAACUUAUUUCUUUUGUCAUCUUCAACAUUUUCAAGCAUUGUGUUAUCAGCAUUUUUGGCGGUCUUGUACUGGUGUACUAUCACAUUUCGGAAAGCACUGCAUUGGGGCAUAUUGGUAGCAUUCCAUUCGGAUCGGGGGCAGAAUCACCUCAGGCAUCAAGCCUGUUCAUUCGGUAUAGCUUUAGACAGAUAAUGCUUGGAAGAGAAGAGGUCAUCUGGGUUGAAGACAUGGGCGAGGCUAGGAAGUACCUAGGUAGAUAAAAAAAAGCACACUUCCUCAUGGGCCUUCACUUUACAGUCAUGUCUAACUGUAUUGGUAUAUAGAUACUAGACACAUUGCUUGUGAC